GCUAGCUAGGGAAAAUAGAAAACGAUAAUAUCAUCAGAUAAUUUCAUUUUCUCAUGCUGAAGUUGAAAUUCAAGUUCUAAUUUUUGGUAUGAAAAUAGAUGAUCUUGUUCUUUAUUCCGUUUAUGGGUAAAAAACAAAAAAUAUUCCCAUAACUUUUUUGGAAAGGAGCUAGAUGAUUUGUCUUAAUCACCAGAAGAUUUCUCUCUCCAUUUUGCAGCAAAUUCUUACUGAAUUAGUUUCUUUGAUUUCUGAAUAAUUCCAACUUAUUUUUUCAUGACCUGAAUUUCUUAUUAAAAACUAUAUAUAUAUACUCUUCUUGUUCUUCUCUCUUUCCUAUUUUGCUUGAUCAUAUCAGUGAUGAAUUAAAAUUCAUUUUCCUGAUUCAUUCCUCUUCUUUUUCUCAUUCUGAGGUGCGGAUGAGUUGGAUAUUGAGAAGUAUGUCAAGGAAAAAUGAAUUCGUUUUAUGGAAUAACUAUGAUUGAUCUUCGUUUCUUAAUGAAUUUGUUAAUUAUCAAGGUUUAAUUAAGGUGAUAUCAGCUAUGGAAAAUAAUGAACCAGUUUAGUUUUCAUUCCAUAUAUGAGCUACUCUAUAGGCUGAGAAUGUUCUCAAAAUAUGAUAAUCUCUUUUUCUCUCUCUGUAAAGACAUACUCGCAGUAUUCUUACAGAAAUUGAGGCCAACAACCAAAUUUAUAUUCUUGCUCAAACAUCGUAUUAUUAUUGGUAGCAGUUAUUAAUUUUUUAUUUUUCUGGUAAUUAUUUUGCAACAUGAAGAUUAUGCUUAGCAAAGAUAUUUGAGACUAAAUAUUUUGCAUACUCAAGUCUUCUGGAUUAAAAUUCCUAGAAAAAAUAAUAAACCCACUCUUUGAUUUUUCUUUUUGGAAAACUAUCAAUUUCUUUCCCAUGUAUAUCACAUUUAGAUCGUAAACUGAAAAUUGAACUUCUUCUUCUUCUCCUUCUCUCUUUCUCUUAUUUUUCCCCUUGUGAUAUUGUUGAGAAAUGUUCUAGAGUGCAGUCUGUCCUUAUCAUGGUACUGCAAUAGCUGUUUCUAGCAGUAUACAUCAUAUAUUCAAGCAAAAACGUGUUUUUCCCUUCAUUUUCUUUUUAUUUUGCAUCUCCAUCCAAUUUGCAGACUGACAGCAGAUUAAUUAUGAACAGAAAAAAUGGAGGACUGGGAUCAAAUUUUAUCUCGGAAGCAUUGAAAUAACAAUUUAACUUUCAUAUAGGCAUUUUAGAAGACUGAAUAUUGAAGACAAAGGCAGCAGCGAUAUAUGAUGGAGGAAAUAGAGAAGAGCGGUACUGGAAGUGAACAGGAACAAGCUGAAAAUAAUUCUUUAGUGUCUUCUUCCCAAAAGUGUUCGUCCUUCGAUUUGAAUGAAGAAGCUAGCAGUGAAGAGGAAGAUGAGAAGAGAACAGAAGGGAGUUCAUCAGCUAAUAAUAAUUCUUCCAAUGGAAAAAAUGAACGAAGAGCUACUGUUAGACAAUAUGUUCGAUCCAAAAUGCCUCGGCUACGAUGGACUCCUGAUCUUCAUCUCUCGUUUGUGCAUGCUGUUGAAAGGCUUGGUGGACAAGAGAGAGCAACUCCCAAGUUAGUUCUUCAGCUAAUGAAUGUGAGAGGGCUUAGCAUUGCCCACGUAAAGAGUCAUUUGCAGAUGUAUAGAAGUAAGAAGCUUGAUGAGGCUGGCCAAGUACUAAGUCAUGCAUACAGAUCCAUGCAAAGAAUAGAUAGCGUUAAUUCAGGCAUGUUACACCAGAUUACAACAGCUCCUCAACAGCAUUUUAGAAUGGAAAAUGGGGGAAUUGUUUUGGCUAGAACUUCUAUUCAUCAUCAGAAUACCUUUGAUCACAAGCUAUUGCUCUCUUCCUUCUCCCAGUCCCAGAGUUUCAACGCAAGCUUCUCAAAGCGACAACAUUUGAGUUCUUAUCAGUUGCAUGAUGAAAGAAGACAAAUAAGCACUUUGACAAGCAAAGACCUUGGGCAAGAAUUGGAUACAACCAUGCAAAGUGGGCCCCUGAGACCUAGCAGAUUUCUUGAAGAAAGGCGAUGGCCUCCAUUGGAAAUGGUUAAAAGUAGAUGGAAAUCUACGACAAAUCCCACCGAUAUAAUAACCUACUCGGAAACUGAAGCACAUCAAAUCGGCAACUUAUUGUCGAGGUCGUCACCUGGGGCAACUUGCUAUUGGAAGCCAACUGAAACUGAUCAAGCUGGAAAAAGCACCAUGGUAAAGCAAUCUUUGUUCAACUCGCACGAUUCCAUCAGCGAUUUCAACUGUUUUAAACUAAAAUUUCAGCCCCCGUUUCGGUUUGAGUUGAAUCAAGAUAAGGUGUUGAAAGAUAACAAGGAAUGGUUGCCUGAUUUGCAGCUGAGGCUAAGCCAGAGAGUGGGAAUGGAUGAGAAUAAGAGUAGCCAUUGUAGAAGUGCACAGGAAAUAAGCACUAAGCUUUCACUUUCUUAGUGGCAACAAGAAGAAUUUGAAAGAAAGGCGUCGCAUUACAAUUGCAGAAAAGGCCCACAUACAGAGGCCGAGUACUUGAGAAUAUCUGACUAACUAUUUGUGUAUAGAAAGAAAGACAUAGGAGUGAGAUCUUUUUAAGUACUUGUCUUGGAGCCAUUACGCUUUUGUUUGUCCCUGUUGGAUACUCAAUCAUUUUUAGUGAAAUUAAGGAAUUAAUA